AACACUUUUCGAAAUACAGUUUACAGUUUUUGCAGUCAAUCAACUUUACAUUCAGGAAAGGAAUAGUAAUGCAUGACGUUUCGCUCCUUGAAUGCUCUUUUUUGCAUGUGUUGAUAAUGACUCGUAAAGGCAUGGAUAAACUAAAAAGCCUGUGUUGUAGUAGCUCCUUUUGAGAUCAAAGAAAAUACGUAAUUACUAAACUAUCCCUUAAAACUGAAAUACUGUCUGCAGCUUGCGUCCUGUCAAACGUUUACAAAUGAUUUGAAACCUUUCCUCUCAAACCUUCCUUACUCUCACAUGUAUUAAAUCUAAACACGCUUAAUCACAGUAUUAUUGAAAUGAAAACCUGAUCACUAUGUUCACAUUUCAAGUCCAUCCAAACGUAGUGCAUAUUUACUCUUGCAGAAAAAGAAUGUCCAGCGUUUGUUUGUGACUUAGAGGGAUUAUAAAGUUCCAGACAAUGCCUCGGUCCCUGUCUGAAAUGACCUCCCCAAAUGCAGGUCUUCAUGUAAGUCGUCAGCAAUUUUCCCUUAAUUCAUUCUUGUAAUGAGAUUAGCCGAGGCAGCCGCGAAUCCAGGCACCCUGAAAUCUAGGCUUAGAUGGAGCAUGGCUUUGUCUUGUCUCACGCAGUCCGAAACACCACCUAUUGUGUUGAAACGUGCCGGUUCGGAUGAAGAGAUGCCCAAAUCUUGCCGUUUGAAAUGGUUUUAAAAAGUGACAUUUGCAUCCAAAUUAGCGGCAGCUGUGACCGGCUACUGGGGGAAAUGGCCUGAUUUCAGAAGAACCACAGUCAGCUCAGUGCUUAGUUAAUUAGUUAGGAAGUUCAUUUGUGAUUCACUGAGUUUUAUUAGUAUAUCCUUUCCUGUUUAGGACUCAAAGGUAAUCUACUUCUUUCAGAAGUGAGGUCAAGAGUUGGUCAGAGACCUCAUAUUUGACUAAUUUUAAGGUCACUGGACCUGCUGACAAACUGCAGAGAAGGAUCUCGUAAACCCGUCAAAAAGAUUAGCCAGGCGGUAUCCUAGAGGUCAAAGUCUGGGCCAUGACCCCGAGGGAGCAGUUAAGGAAAAUGUCAGCAAUGGGAGAGCAAGGGGCGCUGGACGAGAAACACUGGUACCGGCUGGUCAACGGCAUGUCUGCUGGAGAGCUGCGCCAGCGGCAGGAGAUGAUGAUGAGGAAUCAGAUGGCCAUGGCUCCUCAGAUCCUGGCCCAGGGACAGCAGAGGUUACAGGGUGUGCCCCCCCAGUUUGAGCCCCGCUUCAUGGAACGAGAGCUGGGUCCGCCCGCAGAGAUGGUAUCUUCUGAGGCCCGGCAGAUGCACAUGGGAGGUCACCUGGUUCCACCUAUGACCCCACACUCAGGCAUGCCUGGCAGGGGCUUCCCCGGAGCCAGCUAUAACUUCCUGCCCUCAGAGCCCAUGGAGACAGUUGCUCGGCGACAGGAGUUGAUCCACAAGCAGAACAUCGCCAGAAUGGAGAUGAAUGCAAUUCUUCACCAGAAAGAGAUGGAGAAUGCCCACCAGAAGGGGCUGAUGGGAAUGGAGGCUCCCAUGCUGUACCAGUCCAACGCCAUGGCGUUCAGAGGGCGCCAACGCCUCCCGGAGGGCCACGACGUCUUCGUCCACCGUACCACCCUGGAGGAAAUGCAGGCCAACAGCCUCCUGAUGUCCGCCAGCCCCUAUCCACCAAUCAGCACGCUGCAGAGAGAAAGGGGCCGCCGCGCCGGCCGCCGGGCGGCCAAUCACAAGAGCACAGAGAGCCUUGUGUCUUGUCCAAAAAGCCAAUUGGAGGACAAGGGCGUGGAGCAGAGUCCCGGGGGCGCCUCCGGAGAGGAGAAGGAGACUGAGGGGAAGAUGGACAUGGGCGGGGAGGUAGCCAGCAAGCAGCAUCAAACCAAAGUGGAUGUGGAGCUGUCGGCGGGUGGCAGGAAGAGCUACAAGGAGGAGCAGGGCCUGCGCAAGGCCUGCAUGAACGGUCAAGACGGCUGUCCUGACGUGACCAACUGUAACCGGGGCUCCAGUGACAAAGACAUGUCCAGCCAGUGCUCUGCGUUCCAGUACCCCUCCGCCAGUGGACCUAUCCCAGGCAUGCCUUACAUCUUUCCCCCUGGACCACCUAAUCUUUUUAUCAACGGUGAGGACGUGUCCUCGGUCGAAGACAUCAGGAAGUGGACAGUGGAUGACGUGUACAACUUCAUCAAUAACACACCCAGCUGCUCUGAAUAUGCACAGACAUUCAAGGACCACAUGAUAGAUGGGGAGACAUUGCCACUCCUGACAGAAGACCAUCUACUCGACACAAUGGGACUGAAGCUGGGCCCUGCCCUCAAGAUACGAUCACAGGUAUCUCGACGGCUUGGCAGUAUGUUCUACAUGAUGAAUCUUCCGCUAGCUGCUGCCUCACUGCAGGCAGCCCCUGAGAAACCAGGGGGCGACCGGACGUCAGAGAUCAGCUCCCCGGUCAACUGUAACAGUGUGGAGAUGAUGGGCAGCCCCUGUAUCAGAGACCUGGACGGCCCGAAACCCAUUGACCCUCUCCCAGAGACUGACAACCCCUCUCCCCCCUCGGCCAGCAGUGAAACGGCCUGAGUCGUAAGCGUGGAGGGCGCACGUCGUCGACCAGUGGUCAACCCAUAGCCCAUACCAUGUACAUGUACAUAGAGGCACAUAAACCCUGACAGUGUUGGACGCACCUGUCCAAUCCUCGCAUGACUUUCCAAAGGGAAUAAGCAGUUGGAAGUAGGCGGUGAUUAGGAUUUCAGCACUGUUUCAGCCCUAAGUCCUGUUUUAAGCUGCUAUCUCUUCCCAUUACAUUAAGGUCAUUACAUUCAGUUUUGCAGUGUUUCCUACAGUGUCCAAAAGGUUGAGGGUACAAUGGCAUCUUUUGUAUUUUAGCUUAAAUCGAUGGUCUGUAAUCUUUUUCCACCAUGUUUAAGAUUCAAAAUGGAGACAAUGAAUCCCAGGCAAUUAGAAAUGUAUUAUUAAGGAAGAAUGGAAUGAACAGUGAGUAUACAGGUGACUUCUUUGUAUGGGAAACAAUAAAUAAACAGUGUGUAAACGCUGAA